AAAUCUUAUUUUUAUUCAACAAUCGCCCAUCAUAGCAUUUUUCAAAAUAAUUACACAAUUAAAAAAAAAGAAAAAAAAAAAAAUCCACUGCCCACUCCAAUAGCUACAAAGGCCCUUCCAACAAAUUACGCAUCACCAAACAAUGAUCUCUCCACCAAAAUCUUUGUUUCUCAGGUCCAUUUCCCUCCAAUUCCUUUCAAAACCGUUUCAUUUCUCAACUACCACUUCACGCAUCACCAGACUCACCAAGCAAGAAUGUAUACAUCAUCUCAAAGCCUGCAAAUCCAUUGAAGAACUGAAACAAAUCCAAUCCCAGGUCUUCAGGGUUGGUCUCCAUCAAAACCCAGACGCCCUUAACAAGCUCAUGGUCUUCUGCACAGACCCAUCUCUUGGAAACUUACGCUACGCAGAAAGAAUCUUUAAUUUCAUUGAAGACCCAUCUUUGUUUGUCUGCAAUGUGAUGAUCAAGGCCUUUGUAAAGAAUGGUUGCUUCAGGAGAGCUAUUUUGCUUUUUGAUCAGUUGAGAGUAGAGGGUUUGUGGCCUGAUAAUUUCACUUAUCCCUUUGUUUGUAAGGCGAUUGGGUGUUUGAAGGAAGUUUUGGUAGGUGAAAAGGUUCAUGGGUUUGCUGUGAAGUGUGGGAUUGAGUUUGAUUGUUAUGUCUGCAACUCGUUGAUGGACAUGUAUGCUGAACUGGGUUAUGUUGAGAAUUUGAAGAAGGUGUUUGAUGAAAUGCCCCAGAGAGAUGUGGUUUCUUGGAAUGUUCUGAUUUCUGGGUAUGUCAGGUGUAGCCAAUUUGAGGAUGCUAUUAAUGUUUUCCGGCGUAUGCAACAGGAAAGCGGUGCGAAGCCCAAUGAAGCUACUGUUGUAAGUACUCUUUCGGCUUGUACAGCAUUAAAAAAUUUGGAACUUGGUAAAGAAAUUCACUAUUAUGUUGUUAAUGAACUUGGAUUCACCAUUAUAAUUAGCAAUGCCUUGUUGGAUAUGUACUCCAAGUGUGGUUGUUUGAGUACUGCCCGACAAAUUUUUGAUGCAAUGCCUAUAAAAAAUGUGAUCUGUUGGACUAGUAUGGUAUCUGGGUAUGUGAACAUUGGUCAAUUGGAUGAAGCUAGAGAUUUGUUUGAGAGAAGUCCAGUAAGGGAUAUUGUUCUUUGGACGGCUGUGAUUAACGGGUAUGUGCAGUUUAACCGCGUUGAUGAGGCAAUUACCUUGUUUCGGGAGAUGCAAAUCGAAUGGAUUAAGCCAGAUAAGUUCACGGUGGUUGCUCUCCUCACGGGUUGUGCUCAGUUGGGAGCUUUGGAACAUGGGAAAUGGAUCCAUGGAUACAUUGACGAAAACAGAAUAACAGUUGAUGCAGUUGUUGGUACAGCUCUUAUUGAUAUGUAUGCCAAAUGUGGGUGCAUAGAUAAAUCCCUAGAGAUUUUUCAUGGGUUGAGAGAGAAAGAUACGGCGUCAUGGACUUCAAUCAUUUGUGGGCUUGCCAUGAAUGGGCACAGCAGCAAAGCUCUGGAUUUGUUCACAGAAAUGAAACAAGCAGGGUUUAGACCUGAUGAUAUCACCUUCAUCGGUGUUUUCAGUGCUUGUAGUCAUGGAGGACUAGUAGAGGAAGGCCGCACAUACUUUAAUUCGAUGAGAAAAACAUAUCAGAUCGAACCAAAGUUAGAACACUAUGGGUGUCUGAUUGACCUCCUUGGUCGUGCUGGUCAACUUGAUGAAGCAGAGGAAUUGAUUGAAAAUAUACCAAAAGAAAGUGAUGAAAUUGUAGUCCCACUUUAUAGUGCUUUGCUCAGUGCUUGCAGAAUCUAUGGCAAUGUUGAUAUGGGUGAACGUGUGGCUAGACGACUUGUAGAAAUUGAACAUAGUGAUUCUGGCACUCAUACUCUUUUGGCCAAUAUCUAUGCAUCCACUGACAGGUGGGAAGAUGUAACGAAAGUGAGAAGGAAAAUGAAAGCUCUCGGAAUCAAGAAAGCGCCUGGGUGUAGUUCAAUUGAAGUUAAUGGUAAUGUUCACGAGUUCUUAGUCGGAGAUGCAUCUCACCCAAGGAUGAAAGAAGUUUAUUCCAUGUUGGAUAGCAUCACUAAACCAUUGUCAGGCUUAGAAGAAAUUGAAAUGGAACAAGCUAACCCAGUUGCAGAAAUUUCAUGACUGAAGCCAUAUUUUCGCAAAUCCAAAGAGUGCUUUUUUAUAUAAUGCCAUGGUGUUAGCAGCACUGUUUAUUUUUAACAAGACAUAAAACGAUUUGAGAAUUGACAUUGAGGCGAGUGUUAUGAAGAUGUUGAUCUGAAAGGUGCAGGACAGAUGCUCAAGAAAGUUCCAGCUAUUUGGUGAGCAAGACAAUGAAUUACAGUGCAUUCCAAAGGAUUCACCGACAAACGUACCAGAAGGCAUGCCAAUUUGACUUGCUAACUUAACAAGGUUAAACCUGGUAAGCUGAUGUAAUAUACAAUUCACUGUGAUAAUUUCACACAAUUCAUUGAAGUGCUUUGUAGAAAUUACAAAAAAGAAAAUGUCAUGGAUUUAAUGCUGAAACCUGAAGGACAUGUUUAUGAACUCUGCAUCCAAUAUGCCUUACUAGUCAUGGAUUUUUUGCCUCAAACAGGAUGAAUUUCAAGAUUUGUAACUUGUAAAUGUCACAGAGAUUUAUGUUCUGUAAGUAAUUUGAAUAGAAAACGAAUCUUUUAUAUCAGUUAAGUAAGCUUUGUAUAUCAGAAAAUCUAACAAUUCUAUAAAAAUUAAAUUGAUUGCUAUUGUGAUGCAUAAAAUCCUUUUUAUGAUGUGUGCAUACUUGACGCUUUAUAGUGCUUAUUACCACACAAUCAAACCUAUAAUCCACCCAGAUACAAGCAUGUAGGAACCAAGUUUGGUGGCAGGCCUUGUUAGUUGGAACUGGGUGGGAUAGGUCAAAUGGUUUCUCAAUCUGCUUGGAAGUGGAAAGUCCAAUAUCUUUUAGAUUUAUGCAAUUUGAGGUGGAAAGUUUCUUGGAUCUCUUGCAACCCUUAGGAUACCAAACAAUUAUUUUAACUGUGACAUGAACAAAAGGGUAAUACCUAAUCGGAUAUAUGGUUUUCCGAUGAAAAGGAAUGUAUUCUAUUAUUUUCACAUAGUAUUUAAAUAAAGUUGAUCUUGUGAAGUGGAGCAAUCACUAAUGUACUAAAAUCUUAAAAUGACCUUAUAAUAUUAUACUAAGCAAGCAUUAAAAAACAAUUGAUAGUUGAUCAAUUUGAAUAACCAAGUCAAGCCAAGCAUUGUCUCCUAAUUAAUUAGAGUUAGCUAUAUUAAUUCUUUUAUGUCAUUCCGCUUUGCCAUGAGCUAUAUAUAGUCAAGUUGUCCCAUUGAAUGUCAUGGUAAAUAGUUAUAACUUAUUUUAAAGGAACACAAUGGAAUCAUGCACUCCUCCUCUCUAUAUCAACAAGAAAAAACCAAACUAUCUUGACAGAAGGAAUCCAAUUUAAAGAGAUCGAAGUUAGCUUCUUCAUGUACCACCAUAAAAAAUAAAAAAUAAAAAGAAAGAAAGAACUAGCAUAAUCAUGUAAUAGCUUAGGGAAUUGUGAAAACCCUUGACUUUGGUCAAUGAGUUGUAGAACAGAUUGGCAAGAGCAGAAAAUAAGAAUCUCCAUGGGAUAGACCACACCUCAAAAUUACUUCUUUUAGUCUGUCUCUGUGACCAAUUAGGAUCAUACAUUUGUUGCAUUCUUUUCUCUGAUUUAAGUGCUUCUGGUUAUGUUUAAGCUACUUCAGGAAGCGUUAACAUUUGCAGCAGCUAAUAUCUGACGUUGCUGCACGACAGUAACAAGAUUUCCUAGUCAUGGUGACAAUGUGAUAAAACCAGACAACAGAGGUGGGGCCUAUUGCAACAUCGGCAGAGAAUUCUACUGCAUUUGGAGGUAAAAAUGGCAUGAAAGCUAGUAUUGCUGCUAUUUUCAGUUGUGGCUUUGCCUGAUGACUGCAGGAGGGGAACCAUGGUGAACAUGUUAUUCAGUAAAUGUUCUUCAUGUUGAAAAUCUAGUGAUGAACUCACCAUAUUAGCUUGAGUAAUGAUAUAUACAAACAGAAUAU